AUGAGGAAAUAUCAGGUCAUCACCCCCCUCGUGGCCGCCACCGAUCCUAUAGGCCCGUCCGACAGGGGCCGCCCGGCCCGGCGCGCCCUCGCCGCGCCCCCGACAGUGACCGCCGGGCGCGCCGCCCGCGCAGCGGGCGCGUCGCACGGCGGGCGCGCGGCGCACGGCGCCGGCGCGCCUCCCCCCGGGGGGGCGCGGGCGGAGGGGCAGGGCGCGCGCCCCGGGCAGCGGCCUCCGAGGGGGGCGCCCCGCGCCGCGGGUGUUAAAAAGUUGCAGGCUGGCUACUAUUUCCGUGGCAGGGGUGCCCGCCGCCCCGCCGCUAGUGCUCGGGCGGCAGGCCCGUGGGAGGAGGAGGAGGAGGAGGAGGAGGAGGAGGAGGAGGAGGAGGAAUGGGAGGACUGGGGGGAGGAGGCAAGGAGGGAGAGACAAGCGCGGCAGCCAAAGCGGGGGUGGCCUCAGACCCUGCUCUCUGAGGAAAUCGCACGGCUGCGUCCACUAGGUCACGAAGCAUGCACCACAGGGAGGAGGAGGAGGAGGAGGAGGAGGAGGAGGAGGCAGGGAGGGGAGGCGAGGUCGGCGAGGUCUUGAAAUGCACGCGCCGCCCGCGGCCUCGGGGGCCCGCGCGCCGGGCGCCCAGGGCCCGCGGCUGCGGGGGGCGUGCUCUGUCAAAUGCCCUGCCGCCGGGGAGGGGCGGCGGGCGAGGCGGGGCAGGUCCUCCUGCCUGGGACGUGGGGUUGGAGUAGGUGGACAGGAACA